CCACCGCAGCCGCGCUCUAGGUCUACCCCACCGAGCAGCUGCCAUCCCCGGCACCGGCGACCUCCCUUGCCUCCGCAAUUUGGGCGGCAGGGACCACGGGAAUCCCCUCUUAUUCGGGCCUGGGGGGCGUCCGCCAAUACCAGUCCCUGCCCCUCCUUGCUUCCCAGACGGCUGGAGCCAUUCCCGGGGGACGCUAUUCCCGGCCGCACGCCGCCGCCCGGGCAUCUCGGCGGCCAGCCCGGCUGGGCAACGGGCAUCUGCGAAACUAGCCCCGCCUGGCACUGGGCAUCUUGGGCACCGGCUGUCUCUGGCGCCGCCCAGCUUUUCGCGACUACAGGGCGGUGGGCUUCUGGGCGCUUUUCCUUCCCUGGGUCGCUGGACAGGACGCUGGUGAGCUCCCUGCGCCUCCAGCCCCCUGCGCCGCGAUGCUGCCCUGGAGGCGAAACAAAUUCGUGCUGGUGGAGGACGAGGCCAAGUGCAAAACGAAGAGCCUGAGCCCGGGGCUCGCCUACACGUCUCUCCUCUCCAGCUUCCUGCGCUCCUGCCCGGACCUGCUGCCCGACUGGCCGCUGGAGCGCCUGGGCCGCGUGUUCCGCAGCCGGCGCCAGAAAGUGGAGCUCAACCGGGAGGACCCGACCUAUACGGUGUGGUACCUGGGUAACGCCGUCACCCUGCACGCCAAGGGCGACGGCUGCACAGACGACGCGGUGGGCAAGAUCUGGGCGCGCUGCGGGCCGGGCGGGGGCACCAAGAUGAAGCUGACGCUGGGGCCGCACGGCAUCCGCAUGCAGCCGUGCGAGCGCAGCGCCGCAGGGGGAUCGGGGGGCCGCAGGCCGACGCACGCCUACCUGCUGCCGCGCAUCACCUACUGCACGGCGGACGGGCGCCACCCGCGUGUCUUCGCCUGGGUCUACCGCCACCAGGCGCGCCACAAGGCCGUGGUGCUGCGCUGCCACGCCGUGCUGCUGGCGCGGGCGCACAAGGCGCGCGCCCUGGCCCGCCUGCUCCGCCAGACCGCGCUGGCGGCCUUCAGCGACUUCAAGCGGCUGCAACGCCAAAGCGACGCGCGCCACGUGCGCCAGCAGCACCUCCGCGCAGGGGGCGCCGCCGCCUCGGUGCCCCGCGCCCCACUACGCCGCCUGCUCAACGCCAAGUGCGCCUACCGGCCGCCGCCGACGGAGCGCUGCCGCGGGGCGCCGCGCCUCAGCAGCAUCCAGGAGGAGGACGAAGAGGAGGAGGAGGACGCGGAGUCGGGCGAGGCCGGAGCCCCCCAACGCGAGCGGCCCGAGGUGCUCAGCCUGGCCCGGGAGCUGAGGACGUGCAGCCUGCGGGGCGCCCCGGCGCCUCCGCCGCCCGCGCAGCCCCGCCGCUGGAAGGCCGGCCCCAGGGAGCGCGCGGGCCAGGCGCGCUGAGAGCCCAGGGGCAGGACUCGCCGCCCCACACCGGGCCGCCAGACUUACUGCCUCCAACCCCGGCCCUGCCCGCUUCGGCUCCCCGCUGGUCCCUGGCCCUGCCGCCCUUGUGGUCUCGUCGUCGCCUCGCCCCUCUUCCUGGCUCAGGGUGACACCUGAUAUGCCCUGGGUUAUUUUUUUUGGGGGGGUGGCGUGUUCACUUCCCUGCAAACCCAGAGUUUCCUGGGCCCUCCGUUGGGGAACUGCCCUUGCGCUUUACACCGAGUCUGUGCCCACAGACCUCCCUGCUUCCAGCCAAAACAUCCUCUCAGGAGAAGGGAGAGAAAUUUUCAGAAACCAUGGAUGGUGGGUUUGGACCCUGACCAGGGUGGAGGCAGUGGCCCUGCCCUGGGUCCCUCUAGUCUUUUUCCCCGUGGUAAGAACCAUCCUGGAGAGGCAUUCUUGUAGGGAAAGAAUGGAGUGACUGGGGGAAACUGAGGCCAGGCCCAUAAUGGGCACAGCGUCUGAAGGUCAAACUAACGAGGAAGAAUUCUCUGCCUUGUGUGGGGCCUUUCUAUGCCUUGGAGGACUCCUGGGACUUCACUGCUCUGCCUCUGGA